AUGCACUUGAGCCUUUCCCUCUUUCACAUUGCGCUUGUCACCUCCCUCUCAGAGGCUCUAUCAUCAGAGGAUCGGGAGAUGCUCACAUUUCUGCACGUCUCAGCCCGGUUGAGUGUAAAGCCGCCCGCUAUCAACAUGCAUCCGUUGCUGUGGUCUACGGAGUUGGAAAAUCUUGCUCGCACAUGGGCCGAAAAGUGCUUGUGGGGCUUUCCAGAUCCAACCAUCCCAGAUGAGAAACCGCUACUUUAUGUGGGCAUCAAUGUUGCGAUGAUAUCUACUGAUGAAUUGCAAGGUGAUAAGGCACCUUUGCCUCCCGUUUCGAUUUUAUUCAAUCUGUGGUACGUAAACACGCAAAACUAUGACUAUGAAUUGAAUAUUUGUAAAGGAGGCUAUUGUAGUCAAUAUAGGCAGAUUAUUUGGGCCGCCACAGAACAACUAGGCUGUGAGAGGGCUAUCUGUGGCAAGGGAGCAAAACGUCACGUCCUUGUCUGCUGUUACUAUCCGCCGGGGAAUUACUCGGAACUCCGACCCUACCAAGUUUUGGAAAGUGAGGAUGACUUUCCUUUAGACGAGGAACCAUGGAUUAUGCGACCGGCUAGGAUCCAAAACACAACCACCAAAAAAAAUAUUGGUUUAUCAGUUAUUGUUGCAAAUUUUGAACUUGUCCUUAUAUCCUCAUUAGUCCUUAUGGUCAUUUAA